UCUUUUUUGCCUCUGCCCUAGCUUUUUAUCGCUAAAGGCUUCGGAAGCCCUUCUUCUGCCCUUUGCCCCUGCAAUUCUCAUCUCCCACCUUCUACCCCUUCGUCUUUCAGCUUCGUUUCUGUGAAGGUGCUCUAAGCUUUCGAAGCAGUUUCUGUUGGAACGCUCAAUCGUAUUCGGAAUUAGGGUUUUUUGAGUUUUUUUACUUUUGGGGAUCGGGUUUCUCUACUUUGGUGAUAUCUCCGCGGAAGUUUCUUCCCUUUUGAGCGGUUGUGGAAGAAUCCAUGUGUCAGUGGGAAACUUGGAGGGGUCGUGAAUUCAUUGUUUUUGGUGAUUCACGGAUUCGAGAAGCUAAUAGUUGAUUACUCGGGUGGUAGUAUUCUCUUUCAUGUUUCUUCUACUUGUUUGACUUCUUUUACUUACUUGGUGGAGGUUUGAAUCGGCAAAAAGAAAAUCAAGACUGUUCUUUUAUUUACAUCAUCUGUUCUGCAAAACAGGCUUGCUUGGAUAGCGUAUUGAAAGGCAGGUCUUUUAACAGUAAGUUGAGCAUUUUGCUUGAGGGAUUUUUAAUAACUGUCUCGUGGUUCAUUCUCGAUGGCUAACCACGAUUUGAUUCUUGGGCAAAACCACGAUUUGGCGCUUGGGCAGAACCAGCAGUUGGCUCUGGGGCAUAAUCAUAAUCUGGGUUUAGCACAGAACCAUGAUUUGGGUCUUGGUCAGACCCACGAUCGUGACUUGGGUUUGGGGCAGACACACGACCAUGAACUUGGCUUGGGACAUGUGCAUGAUCAUGAACUAGCCUUGGGGCAGGCCCGUGAUCAUGAAUUGGGUCUCCGGAAGACACAUGGCCAUGAUGCAAAAGAAGAGAAUGAAUUAGCACUGGCUCAAAAUCAUGACCCUGAUGCUGGUGAAGAUGACGAUGACAUUGACGAGAAUGAUCAAGAAUUGGCUAUUGCUUCACAGAACCACGAGUUAGUGUUGUCGGAGAACCAUGAAUUGGCUACUACUGACAACCACGAACUUGAUCAGGACCUAGAGCUAGCUGUGGUCCAGAACCAGGAGAUGGGGAUAGAACCUGCUCAAGAUAUGACUCCUCAGCAGACUCAGCUGGUAUUAUCCCCUGUUCUUCAGACCCGUAGUAUUAUUACAAAUCCAGAUCACCAACUCAGUGUUGGGCAAGAAUUUCCAGAUGUCAAGAGCUGUCGCAGAGCGUUAAGGGACACUGCCAUUGCUCUUCAUUUUGAAAUACAGACUGUGAAGUCAGACAAGACACGGUUUACUGCCAAAUGUGCUAGUGAAGGAUGCCCAUGGCGCAUUCAUGCUGCAAAACUUCCAGGUGUUCCAACUUUCACUAUCAGGACCAUAAAUGAUCAACACACUUGUGGAGGAAUCACACAUCUUGGCCAUCAGCAAGCAUCCGUUCAAUGGGUUGCAAAUUCAGUGGAACAUAGUCUUAGGGAAAACCCACACUACAAGCCAAAGGAGAUAUUGGAGGAGAUCCACAGGGUUCAUGGGAUAACCUUAUCAUACAAGCAAGCCUGGCGUGGGAAGGAGCGAAUCAUGGCUGCUGUGCGUGGAUCCUUUGAAGAAGGGUAUCGCCUCCUUCCACAGUACUGUUCUCAAGUAAAGCGGACAAACCCAGGAAGUAUUGCUUCAGUUUAUGGAAACCCAGUAGAUAAUUGCUUCCAACGUCUCUUUGUCUCAUUUCAAGCAUCAAUUUAUGGCUUUGUAAAUGCAUGCCGACCGCUUCUUGGUCUUGAUAGGACCCUUUUAAAGAGCAAGUACCUUGGAACUUUGCUUUUUGCCACUGGUUUUGAUGGGGAUGGUGCUCUAUUUCCUUUGGCAUUUGGGGUGGUCGAUGAAGAAAAUGAUGAUAACUGGAUGUGGUUCUUAUCUGAGCUGCAUAACCUUCUUGAAGUUAAUACAGAGAAUAUGCCAAGGCUUACUAUCCUGUCAGAUAGACAGAAGGGUAUUGUAGAAGGAGUGGAGGCAAACUUCCCAACAGCUUUUCAUGGUUUCUGUAUGCGUCACCUGAGUGAUAGCUUUCGAAAGGAGUUCAAUAAUACCAUGCUUGUCAAUCUUCUCUGGGAAGCUGCUCAUGCUCUCACAGUUAUUGAGUUUGAAGCCAAGAUACUGGAGAUUGAAGAGAUCUCAACAGAUGCUGCUUAUUGGAUUCGACGUAUCCCACCGCGCCUCUGGGCUACAGCAUAUUUUGAGGGAACACGAUUUGGGCAUUUAACUGCAAACAUAGUUGAAUCAUUAAACUCCUGGAUACUUGAAGCCUCUGGUCUUCCAAUAAUUCAGAUGAUGGAAUGUAUACGUCGGCAGCUAAUGACUUGGUUCAAUGAACGGCGUGAAACAAGUAUGCAGUGGACAACAAUACUUGUUCCUUCUGCUGAGAGGCGUGUUCAAGAGGCUCUUGAGUGUGCACGCACCUAUCAAGUGCUUCGUGCAAAUGAAGCAGAAUUUGAAGUGAUUUCUCAUGAAGGAACAAAUAUUGUGGACAUACGUAACCGUUGCUGCCUGUGUCGAGGUUGGCAGCUCUAUGGGUUGCCCUGUUCACAUGCUGUGGCAGCACUUCUUUCCUGUCGGCAGAAUGUGCAUCGCUUCACAGAAAGCUGUUUUACAGUUGCAAAUUAUCGGAAGACAUACUCACAGACUAUUCAUCCUGUUCCAGAUAAAAGCCUCUGGAAAGAGUUGUCAGAAUCUCAGAAUGGAGAAAAUAAAGCUGUGGAAAUUGACAUAAAUCCGCCAAAGUCACUUCGGCCACCUGGAAGACCCAGAAAGAAGCGAGUUCGUGCCGAAGACCGUGGCCGUGUGAAGCGAGUUGUACAUUGUAGCCGUUGCAACCAGACAGGUCAUUUUAGAACAACAUGUGCUGCACCUAUAUAGUGUCUUUGGUCAACAAUAGCAAACUGGGGUUCUUCCAUCUUCUUGUGCAAAAAAAGAAAAAGGUUUAGGUCUGUUUAAUACAUCUACAGCUUCUAUCUAUUGGUUAGUUUUAUUUGAAUCAGGGCUAGUAAGGCGGUCCAAGUUCCAGUUUUCCACAAGAAAGCUUCACUUUAAUAAAUGUAAUGAUAUUGAGAAUGUGGUUCAUUGUUUUAGUUUUCAAUUUACAAAAGAUGUACAGUUUAUUUUGGGUUUUGCUUCUUAUGGACUUCACUCCCAAUAACUUCUAGAGUUCUUUAGUCUUCGUUGGCAUUUUAUAUUCGUGAUUAAUUUUAUGGCAUCGAUGUGAUUUGGUACCUAUUUUCUGGA